UCUCUCACACAGACUCCCACUCAAAGUGGUCCAGCAUGGAGGUGCUGCUGCUUGCUCUCUGCAGCUAACUUGAAACAGCCUGGAUGGAAAGCUGAGGCAUGCUGGAUGGAGAACCUGUGGACUCACAUCAUCUAUCUGUACUGACUGGACACAUCAGCAGCUGCUUCACUAUGGAGUCUGGCAGAUAUCAGAGGACGGUGCUGAUCACAAUGAUGAUGUUCAAGUUAGGAUUACUGUGUACAGCAGCAGCGGACAGUUGUUUAUCCUCUCCUUGCAACAAUGGAGCAACAUGCAUCGACCACAUGGGUAAAUAUGUCUGUCUGUGUACCAAAGGACCAGUGUGGUACAUGGGUAAAAACUGUGAUCAGCUGUACGAUCCCUGCAUUUUGGCACCUUGCACCAACUGUACCAGCACACGUGGGACGGAUCAGUUUACCUGUCAGUGUCCAGACGGCUUCACAGGGAACAGCUGUGAAGAGGGUGUGGAUGAAUGUCAGAGCAGCCCCUGCACUGGUGUUAAGUCCAACUGUGUGGGCAGAGUCAAUGGGUAUUCAUGCCACUGUCCCAUUGGUCUGGGAGGUGAGGACUGCCAGGAGUACAUGACCAUUUGCUCAGUGGAACCAUGUCAGAAUGGUGGCACUUGCCUAGACAUCCCUGACCUUGGCCCCCAGUGCCAAUGUCCUGCUGGAUUCCAGGGUAUGAACUGCGAGGAGAAUGUCAAUGAGUGCCAGUCUGACCCCUGCCAGAACGGAGCCAUCUGUAAAGACAGAGUCAACGGCUACCAGUGUUUCUGCGUGCCUGGAUUUCAGGGUUACCACUGCGACCUGGACAUUAAUGAGUGUGCCUCACAACCCUGUCAGAACAAUGGUACAUGUCUGGAUAAGGUGGAUCACUACGUGUGUGACUGCACUCCAGGUUUUAAAGGCAUUAACUGCGAGGCGGAGAUCGAUGAGUGUGAGUCCCUUCCCUGUCAGAACGGUGCCACCUGUCGAGACCAUGUCGCCAUGUACUCGUGUGUGUGCGUGGCAGGUUUCCAAGGCCAGGACUGUGAGGUCAACAUUGACGAAUGUGCCAGCAUGCCUUGUCUGAACAGGGGCAAGUGCAAUGAUGGGGUCAACAGUUAUCAGUGUGACUGUGACGGGACAGGCUUCACUGGGGACCACUGUGAAAUCGAUAUUCCUGAAUGUGCAUCUGACCCUUGCCAGCAUGGAGCCAAAUGCUUAGAGGGAAUCAACCAGUACAUAUGCCUCUGCUGGGCAGGUUACGAAGGGGAAAACUGCCAGGUGGAUAUAGAUGAGUGUGAGCAGCAUCCGUGUGACAAUGGCGGAGACUGUUUCCAGCGCUCAGAUCUCCAGAACUAUGGGAGGCUUUCUGAACUGAACAUGACCAGUUUCAGCUAUGACAUUGCAGCUGGCUUCAUUUGUCACUGCCUGCCAGGAUUUGCAGGUUAUAACUGCUCAGUCAAUGUGGAUGAAUGUGAGUCUGCGCCAUGUCACCAUGGAGGAAGCUGUCAGGAUCAGGUCAACUCCUUUCAAUGUUUGUGUCCAGAGGGCUUCACAGGUGUUCUCUGCGAGGUUGACAUCAAUGAGUGUGACAGCAAUCCUUGCCAGAAUGGUGCCAUAUGUGAGGAUGCUGCCAACUCCUACAGGUGUCACUGCCCCAUGUCAGAGCCAGGUCAGGAACCCUGGGGUGGGCGUGACUGUGAUGUUAAGUUGCUCGGCUGUCGGCAGCACCAGUGUCAACACGGGGCAACCUGUGUCCCCAUAUUGAACAUCGACAGGGGGCACAGUUACAUAUGUAUGUGCCCCCCUGGCUGGGGUGCAGAACGCUGCAACACCUUAACCACCUUCUCCUUCAACAUAGAGGGUUAUGUUCACAUGCAGCUGCCCGUUUUCAAGAACAGCACGAAACAAGAGGGUGUCGAUAAAACUCAAGGACUCCACAUGCAGCUUCGUUUCAGGAGUACUCUUCCCAGCAUGGUGCUGUACUACCGUGGCACUAUGGAGCAUUUUCUUUCCCUGGAGCUUGUCGACGGCUCCCUCCAGGCUACAGUAAACUCAGGGAGCUUACUGAAUGUGGUUUACCCCAGCCCAGUUAAUGAUGGAGAAUGGCACCAAGUGACUGUAACCAUGGAUGAGGGGUUGGUUCUGACCGUUAAAGGGCCUGGUUGUAAGGAAGGAUGCCAGGUGAAGAAUGAAGGUCACAACCAUCUGAUUUUUCUCCAGCCCAGCUUUUUUCAACAGCUUUAUAUAGGAGGAGUACCUUUGGAAUAUGCCUCUCAUUUAUCCAGUGGAAAGGGAUACAUUGGCUGUAUUGAAGAUCUUAAAGUUGACCAUAAACUGCUGCUACCUCAAGACCUGAUUAGGGAGGAGAACAAGGGCUUGGAACUUGGAUGUACUAAGAAGAAUUGGUGUUCUGAGGACGUCUGCUUGGAGCGUGGACAGUGUGUGGACAUGUGGGUUCAGGCAAACUGCGUGUGUUAUCGGCCAUAUUAUGGCAGUCACUGUGAAAAAGAAUAUCAGUCAUUUACGUUUGGCCAUGAGAACACCAGCAGUUAUUCCACUGUCAACAUUUCAAACAGCCAUGGAGAAAACUUCACCGUUUCCUUUUUAAUGCGCUCCCUCAAACACAACGGCUUGCUUCUGCAGUUCUGCCGGCAGGGAAAGUCCUACCUGACAGUCUAUCUGAAGGAAAGCACUGUUGCCAUCUACAGUCCUCACACUACUCUGCUGUCAGAAGCUAAACAAGUCACUGAUGGGAAGAAUCAUUUAGUGACCAUAAAGAUUAAGAAUGGCCAUGUGGUUUAUCCUAAAGCGGGAAAUCAUCGAGCUUUAGGCAACGUGAGCAUAGAAGCAGGAGAUGUGGCAUUUGUUGGAGGGCUCCCUGUAGGCAAGAACAUGAAUGCCUGGGGUGGAAACUUCAAGGGGUGCCUUCAGGACAUUCGGAUAGAUGACAAAAAAAUGAUUUUUGGGGAUCAUCCGGAGGGUUUGGAGGUUUACCAAUCAACCACACAGAACGUGCUUGGAGGAUGUCACAGUGACAACACAUGCAAGGAUAUUCCCUGUUUAAAUAACGGACAAUGUCAGGUCACUUGGAAUGACUUCAGGUGUGGGUGUCCCCUUAACUACUCUGGCCGGCUGUGUGAAACACGCCGGUGGUGCAUUGACAAACCAUGUUUUGAAGGAACAAGCUGUGUGGAUCUAACAGAUGGUUAUGAAUGUUUAACGGAAGCUGUUUUUCAGGACAACUCUCUUCAAUAUGCUGCCAAUGGCUCCCUGCUGAACCCUGUGACCAACAUCACCAUGGCCAUACGGACAAGGGACGAGAAUGGAAUCUUGUUGCGUUCUGAAGGCAGAGCAGAGGUCUUUUGUUUGGGUUUAUUAAACUCCAGCCUGCUGGUCAAACUGGACAGUGGGCCAGGUGAAGAACUGCUUGCCUUUAUGAGUGAUAGGACCAUCGCAGAUGGGGCAUGGCACCAGAUCCAGCUCAGUAUGGUCAACCCUCUGUUAUCAGUAUCUCGUUGGCAGCUCACAGUCGAUGGGCAGAGGGCUGGUGGCAGCUUUGGAGUCGGCAGCAAUCUCAACUUCCUGAAUAACAGCAAAGUGUGGCUGGCGGAAAACUACACUGGAUGUUUACGGGAAGUGAGAAUAGGUGGUGUGUACCUGCCUCUCAUAAAGGUAUGGGAGACCCCUCAGCGAAGCUGGUUCUCCAGGAUCAGUGGGCAUGAGCCAAUCAUUGGAUGUCAAGGUGCACCAGUUUGUGAUUCACAGCCCUGCCUUAACCAGGGUGUUUGUCAGGACCAGUUUAAUGAGUUUAACUGCAGCUGCAGCUCUGGAUGGGAAGGGGGCUUGUGUGAGAAGGAGAUAAAUGAGUGCUCUUCAGCUCCCUGUGUCUAUGGUUUCUGUAAAGACCUCAUGGCAGACUACAAGUGUGAAUGUGAACCUGGAUAUGAAGGGAAAAACUGUCAGGAUGAAGUGGAUAACUGCCUGGAGUUCAGCUGUGUUAAUGGAGGAGUCUGUGAAGAAAAUGCUGGAAUUCAUACAUGUUCAUGUCCUCCUGGCUACAAAGGCACACGUUGCCAAUGGCGUUUCCCUCCAGUAGCUUGUGAUGCAAACAUGGAUUGUCUCAAUGGUGGGGUUUGCUUUGCAGGCAACUGUACCUGCAAGCCUGGAUACAGCAGCAGCAGGUGCGAGACGGAAGUAGAUGAGUGUGAGUCUAGUCCCUGUCAAAAUGGAGCCACCUGUCUGAACCGACUCAACCACUUCCAGUGUGUUUGUGUCCCAGGCUUCAGUGGCAAACUGUGUGAAAGCAAUAAACGGGAGCCUAAGGAACGAGUUCCCUGGCUGGAAGUGACCAUCCCCCUGACCACCCUGUGUGUGCUGUUAGCCAUCCUGACAGUGUUUUUCCUGAUCAUGACAGCACGAAAGAAGCGGCAGUCAGAGGGCACGUACAGCCCCAGCUCUCAGGAGGUGGCUGGUGCAAGGUUGGAAAUGGGCAGUGUGCUGAAAGUGCCACCAGAAGAGAGGCUGAUCUAAAGCCUGAAGUUGCCACCUCACAAUCUUACAUCCAAAGGAUGCAUAUAAGCCCAGAGAGAACAUAUAUUUGGCAGCAUAAUACUGCUUUAACCUCUGUCCCAACAGUGAAGAGGCAGUAGGUAAGACAAGAACUGCCUGGAAUAACUACUGAAGUUAGAUUCAUCACUAAAUGGUUUACAAAGGAAAACCUUUUUCUGCGGAUUCCAGUGAUGAUACAAAAGAAUGUGGCUGUUGGAGGAAAAAUAAAGUUUCUCCAUGUAUUUUACAUAAUGUUGCUGUGAAAUUUGCACAACAGUCUAUUUAACUGUGACAAGUUCUGGCAACUUUGUUGACAGGCAGAAUAAUUUUUAAACCUUUUAACUCUGUACCUGAUUAACUUGUCCUUCUUUUCUUCCACAUAUUUUUUUUCAUAUGAGCUAUUUUGACUAAAGCUCUGAGGAUAAAAAUCAUUACUCUGAACUGUUGUUUUGUGCAAAUUUUUACAAUUCAUGCGGUAGAACUUUGCCUCAGAAUCGAAAUCACGGAUGGACAUUCAUCCAGCCUUUUGAAGUCUUACUGCUGUAUGUUGUGAUGUCCCCAUCAGGAUUUAUCUUGUCCCUGUAACCGAUCAUCUAAGAAUAGGCAACAGUCGAUACCAAGUCCUUAUCUGAUAUUUUUUAAGUUAGUUAAUAAAAUCAAUGCAGUAUUUAACGUGAAGCUCCAACACAGGUUACCAAGAUGAACAAAGCUGCUAUUAUGUUCUGACAACCAUCACCUGGAACAUGUAAAACAAAUCUGACUUGACAUCCAGCUACAGUCUUCAAUGAACUCAUGUCUUACUCCUGCUGACUAUUGCCUCUUUUCCAUUCACGGCUCUAGAAUGGCACGGCUCCACUCUGCUGAAUCUCGCUCUGCUCCACACAGCAGCUGUUGUGUUUCCAUUGACUUAUUGACGGCUGGAGUUAUGGCUUUAAGCCCCUCCUCCAGCCAUCAGCAUUGUGCACUGUGCCGCUAUUAACCUUUAGUAUCUUAUGGUUUGGUGUGAGACUACCAAACAUCAGAUAAGUUUCAAGUACAAACAUGCACAGAGUAGACAGUAGAGCCUAUGAAAAAGGGGCACAAGUUUUCAGUGAGCACUUUGCUGUAGCAGUAGCCUAAGGGUAGCAUGUUUACUUGUUGUUUUGAUGUCACUCUAUAAUUCGGCUCAUAUCACAUUUCAUUGCAGUUCCAGGUAAUAAGGUACAGGAAAAAUAACAGAAAAGGUUGUUCUCCUGCUUCAGAACAUUUAUUUUAAACAUUAUUAAAUCAUAAAACCAGCAUUCAACAUACUAAAUGACAGCUAUACAAGACAUCAUCAAGAUAUUUGGCAAUAUGAUUAAAAAUUUGCAGAAUGCAGUUGGGCAUCAAAUUUAAAGUGCGAUGGUUAAAGUCACAGACAGUACAAUUGCCACAGGUAUACUGAAUGUGUGAAGUGUGAUCGGGAUCCUGAGGCAAUGCAUGGGAUUGGAUCAGGACAUCCUCAGCUGUAUUAUAUUGUUAGUGUACACUGUAUGACUCAACAGGUUAAUCCUGCUACCUAUUUUUUUAGUGUUUGUCCUCAUUUUUGUUUUGGAUUGCGUGUGUAUAUAAGCUGCACAAGUUGAAGUCACUGUAUGUUCUUCUGUAUUUCCAAGGGUAUAUUUGGUGUAUUUAAUUUUAUAAAUGUGGUUGCUGUUGUCAGUGUGUCACAAAAUGAUAAAAAAUGGAUGCUUUAAACCCUGCAAAGAACAUCUGCUUGAAUUACAGUAUAAGUAAAUAA